UAUUUAAAUAAAUAGUUAAUUAUUUACAGUUACUUAUGAAUAGAAAAUGUUAAAAUUUAUCAACGAAAUAUUAUCAGAUACUUCAAAGGGAAAAGUGAUAUAAAACUGGAUAAAAGCCCCUUCCUUGGUGCCGCCGUUGAUCAAAACGGCGCUCAGAACGACGCCGGUUCAUCGAAUAUCCCCAACAAGUAACGUUACUCAGUGCAUUUGUUGUUUACUUGCUGUUUUAAUAAAAGUCUGAAAUAUAAUUUUGUAUAGAUUAGGUUUAGUAAUAAUAAUUAUAAUUAUACAUAAAUAUUAAGUAUUAUGUUAUUUUGUUCAACGAAUAGAAUUGAGAGCGAUUAGAUCAAGAUGGAUCCGUCGAAAGACAACAUAUCUGGUAAAAUUCUAUCUGAUAAAAUUGGACAAUUGUUGCCCGAUAAACAACUCAAGAUUAGUGUUGAUAAAUUUCAAGAGCUAUGUAACAAUCCAAGUGUCCAGCUGUUUUUAAAGUGGUUUUGCCAAAACGUAGGUCCAAAUAACAUCCUGUCCAAAAAAGAAAUUCAGUUGAAGAAAAACUUGAAGGAAACAAACGUUUGGUUAACUGGAGAGAAAUUAGAUCAAGCAUUAUCAAAUGCCCUGAGUGAUCAUUCCCAGGUUUUAUCAAAAGUUGAUACAAAUUUAAACUACGAGACUGAACUUUCUAGGGAAUGCAAUGCCGAAAAAGAAGCUUAUGAUGAAGAUCUUAAAUAUCAAAGUUCUUUAAAUAACUCAUUCAAGAGAUUGAAAGAACUUGAACUGAAACAAGAAGAGAGCAUAGAACAGGAGGAAGCAACCCUAGAGAAACUUGAGAUUAAACAUUACAAAGCGUACAAUGACUGUGUUCAUACUAUGGAAGAAUACGAUUCGCUGUUACGAGAAGCUAAUCUUUUAUUGCAGCAUGCCUUAAAUGUUUACAGCGAUGCAGCAGAAAAGAGGGGACCAGUCGUUUGUUGGACACAAGUACCAUUGAAUAUAUACUUAAAACAACUAGAAACUUACAACAAUUAUCUCGAAUUUUAUAUAAAAAAAAAGUAUCCAAAGUUUGGAAAGCUUUUUUCACCAAAUUCAUCUAGCGAUGAUGAAGCAAAAAGUUAUGAAUUAAGCAUUGAUUUAUCAAAAGAAUCGGAAGUGGAAAAAUACCAAGUAAAAUUAGCAAAGGCGCUAGCAACGAAAACGGAUGUUGAAAUCGAACGGGCUACGGGAGAAGCGACAAUCAUGCGUGUAAUGGAAAUAUUUAACAACGGUGACAUAAAAAUUCCUCAAACAGAGGCUCAAAUCAAUUUGGAGAUAGCAGAUCUUAAAGCUAGAAGAGAUAUUUUAUUACAAAGUAAUACAUUAUUGGAGGACAAAUUGAAAGAUACCAUUGAUACUUAUGCUGCGAUGACUGUCUCCGAAGUAGUGGUUGACAUCUGCGAGUCCGCAUUACAACACAAAAAUGAACAAUUUAAACAAUUACAGAUAUUUUAUGUCACUAGAGACAUGGGUCACGCUCACUCAGAUUUACUCGCUAUUUUAAUGCAAUUACAGUUAGACAAGCUACUGCAUCUUAAGAAAAUUGCUCCUGACGCUCAAUCAAUUUUAAAUACUAUCUACAGCCAAUCAUCUAAAAGACGCGAAUUAUUGAAAAAACUUCAAACUCAGUACAGUACAAUAGCUUCGUCUUCGCCGUGUAAUAAAAAUAUUUACAACAAAUUAUUUUCAAAACUGAUUUCGGGAGAUGAAAAUUCUGGAGAUUUAUUUGAAUCAUCAGUCAAACAAUACAUUGAAAUUAUUGCUGAGAAUAAAAGUCUGAAGCAACAACUUUUAGAGGAUUACUUUCACAAUAAAUUAGAAAAAUUGCAGUCAUUAGAAAAUCAAGUAAUGAUAAUAUACAAUAAUGAAUUAAAUAGCGGCCCAACUAGGAGUUUAAAAUUUAUGCCGAAUAAAUUGGUAAUUCAAUUUGAAAAUGUUCUAUCAGGUGUAGGAAAUAAUCAACAAGAUUUUAAUCAACUAAGAAAACAGUUCAAAAAGCUUUUGGAAAAAAUAAAUCAAAAUUCUUUAGAACGCGAUAAAGAAAUUUUGUGGCAGAGAUUUUUAGCAGAUCCCCAAACUCUUAAGCAAAUAUACGAUCAAGCACAGAAUGAAUUAAACAACCGCUUGCAUUUUAGAAAUGCUUUGUUAAAUGAAUAGCUCAAUUAAUUUUUUUUUUUUUUCAAAUUAUACAUCGAUAUUUCUACAAUUGCUCACAAAUUUAAUCAAAACGAGCAACGCAGUCACCGUGUGACUACCCAAGUAUUACUACAACAGUUACUGAACAUGAAUUGAAUUUAACUGUUGAUUGAAAUCUACACUUUAGAAUUUUUUUUUUAUUUUUAUUAUCAUUAAAAUUUAAUGAGCCCAAUUUCAUCAUUGACUCGCGAGCUGAUUGAUUUCAGUGAUUGUAUAAUGAUGGGGUUCUUAAAAAAAAAAUUAAUGAAUUGUCAAAUUUUUUGUUAUGUCAUGAAAUAUAUAUAUUUUUUUUUCACUGAUUUAAAAUUAAAUCUGUUUGAUUUUUAUAAUC